AUGGCUUAGCAUUUCCAUGGGAAAGUCCAACUAGGGGGACUGCUCCUCUCCCGCCUUGGAUGGGUGUGCUCAUGUGUCACCACUGUCUUGCCAUGGAAAACUAAAAAUCUGGGACUGAGCGAAAUGGAGAUCCAGAUGAUGGGGCUUUGGGAGGUCUGCGUGAAUCAGGAGGAAGUUCCCACUGUGUCCAAGGCCUUUGAGUCUUUCUUGUCUCUGCCCCAGAAGCUCUGGGUAUCUCAGAUCCUCAUGGUAGCAUCCAAUGAGCUGGGACCACUGGGGUUUCUACUAUCUGGCUUUUGGUCUGAAUGCUUCCAGUUUCACAGAAUCGAAGGAGUGGUAUUCAAGAGGUGUUUUUGCCUCCUGGGAGGGGUUUUGGAGGCAUCAGCUUCAAUCACUAUCUUCCUUCCAGUCUCCUGGGUGGCACACACAAUUCAAGACUUCUUGUCUGAUAGCAUCCUUGAAAUUGUGACUCAAUGGGAGUUUGGAGAUACUUUUUACCAGGAUUGGGCUGCUGGUAUUUUUCUGCCCCUUGGUGGGCUAUUCCUCAUCUUCUCCAGCUGUCUGGGGAAAGAAUCUGUGUCCUCUUUCCAGAUGGCUAGUCCCAGUGUCUCACCAUCCAAUGAUCCAGCAGAUGACUCAGAUGUCCUCUUCCACCUAACACCAGGACCUAGGAGCUUGAUGAUCUAG